AUGAGAAACAUAUUCCUUCUAUUUUGCUUCAUUUUUGUUGGGAGUUCUCAUGGAGCCCCAUUGGAAACCCAUGGAGUCCAAUCUAAUAUUACCUGUAUCAAAACUACGAGCUACAAUUCCACGAGUGUUCAGUGUUCUAAGGAAGUAAAGAGUUUUCUGCACAAGAAUGAUGACAUGAAGAACAAAACUAUGAUUGAUGAUUUGUUGAAAAAAUGCUCCAAAGCAACAACGUGCCUCAAGUCCCUCUCACAUUGUCACAUUUUUGGAAUUGAUCGUACCCCAGUCGUCGAGAACAUUGUUUAUACCAUAUGUGAUUUCACGAAAUGGGCAGCCAACACCCCCUGCAAUACAAAAUUGGAGUCAUACGAGGGGGAGUGUUCCCCGGAGUUAAAUCCCUUUAUGGAUCCUCAUGCGGAUGAGGAAAGAAAGAAAGAAAAGUGUGAAAACUUUUUUGGCGAGAAUGGAUGCAUCAGAGACACAAUGGUAAAGUGGUGCGGCAGAGAGGAAUGGGUGCAGUACCGGGAUCUUAUGCUUAACCUCAAUGAUAAGGUGUUCAAACAGUGUGAGAUCAACGCUGCCGACUGGAAUUGA